GAUGAGGAGAUACACAGAACAGAAGUCCAGGAGAAGAAGAUAUUGACAAUUCUAACACCGCUGCCAACCAGCAAGAGUGCUCAGAUCACCAGUCUAGCUGCCUCCUUUCAGAGUCCCAACCCCAUGAGCAAGAAGAGGCUAAGAGUAGAAUAUUUCCAGGUAGAACCCCGCUGGAAAUUUGAGGAUGAAUAUAGAUUGGAAGAAGGAAGCCUACAAACGAAUUGUCCUGAUUCUGUGAAGGUCAAAGCUGCUCAGUCCUCUUGGCUCCGGGAACUCUUUCUACCCAACCUCACGCUCUUCCUGGAUUGGGAACAUUUCAACCUCAGUGAGUGGGAUCGGCUGGAACAUUUUAAGCCUCCAUUUGGCUUCAUGGGCCUUAAUUACUCCAGUGAGUUCUUAAAAGGAGGGGUUGGGGGAAGUAGUAGGUCUGGGGAAAAGAAAAGCUAUGACAAGGAAGGGGAAGUAAUUGUAUUGGUAAGGGACUGGCAGAUGACAACAGAUGUGUCCUUUCCCUGGUACCUUUACCAGAAAUUUGUGAAACAGCCUCUUGGGUCUCAUCAAGGGCCCAGAGUAGAAGCUCUCACUCUUCUAGUCAUUCAGGAAAUCCUGGAGAAGUUCCCACCUGUCUCUCAGCAGCAGAUUCUUUUGGCUGCCCACCCCCAACCCGGGAGCUCCCAUUGUGUUAGCUGUGCUGUGGUGGGGAAUGGAGGCAUCCUGAAAAGGUCUCGCAUGGGCCAGGAGAUAGACAGCCAUGACUAUGUAUUCAGGGUGAAUGGGGCUUUGAUCAAUGGCUAUGAGCAGGAUGUAGGUGCCCGGACUUCCUUCUAUGGUUUCACCUUCUAUAGUCUGGCCACAUCACUCAAGUUGUUGAGGAAUCAGGGUUUUCACCAAAUGCCAAUGGAAAAGGACAUCCACUACUUGCACUUCCUUGAAGGGCAUAAGGAUUUUGAAUGGCUGAAGCACAUGCUACGUGACCAGAUAAUGGAAAAAGCUGUCAUGGAAAGACCUUUACGAUAUCUACUGAUACACCCAGACUUGCUUCGAUAUGUGAAAAACAGGUUUUUGCGGUCAGAUAUCCUAGAUACUAUCAACUGGACUUUGUACCGCCCCUCUAAUGGUGCCUUUCUGCUACUCACUGCAAUCCAACUGUGUGAUCAGGUGAGUGCCUAUGGUUUCAUCACCAAUGAUUUUCAUCAAUUUGCUGACCACUAUUAUGACCCAGAGUGGAAAAAAAUGUUCUUAUACCUCAACCAUGACUUCAUCCUAGAGAAGAGAUUGUGGAAACAACUACACAAUGAAGAGCUUAAAGCACAAUGACACAGAUAAUCACACUUCCAGGAUCAAGCUGAAGUGCUUCAGAGUGUUGGAUCCUGCGACUGGAACAAAACAUGAGAC